AUGAAGAUGAAGCUGAAGCUGAUGAAGCUAUCGCCGCCACAAGCACAACUGCAAGUGCAAGUGCAAGUGCAUUGGCUGCUCGUUCUCCUGCUUCUGCUCGUGCAACAGACCACACCCUUUGAGACAGACUGCGGCUGUCGAACGGGUCGUAGAAGUGGACGGAUUAUUUCAGGCGCUGCCACCAACGAGGGACAGUUUCCUUGGCAGGCAUCCUUGGAGCUGCUGCACCCAUCGCUGGGCUUCCUUGGUCAUUGGUGCGGUGCCGUACUCAUCCAUCAGUACUGGAUACUCUCAGCCGCACACUGUGUGCACAACGAUCUCUUUAACCUACCCAUUCCGCCGCUGUGGACGGUGGUUCUCGGUGAGCACGAUCGCAACUUUGAGUCGGGCAACGAGCAGCGUAUUCCCGUCGAGAAGAUUGUACUGCAUCAUCACUACCACAACUUUCGCCACGAUGUUGUGCUCAUGAAGCUAUCGAAGCCUGCGGAUCUCUCACGUUCCUCACACAUUCGUCGCAUUUGCUUGCCCUUCAUGCUGAGGGAACCGCAAGAGACGCCGGCUCCUCCACAGGAUGAUGUGCUAAGCCAGCAAUUGGAGUUUGACGAUGUGCCUGAAAAGAUUGACAAUUUUCUUCGCAGUGUGCAGAGUAGAAGACGUUACCGCAACGUCACAGCUCCCAGCUCAAUAGACAUGUCUAUGCGGGAACUGAUGAACAUGAAGAUACUAAAUCGAUUGCGUCAGGCAUUAAGGCAAUCGGAGCGUUCUCCGCGCAGCACAAAGCGCACAAGACGGCGCAACGACAAGCUAAUGAAACUCAAGCUGGAGUCGGAGGAUUCGGACUUGGGAGAGCGGGAUGAUCCCCGGAAUAUGCCUUUCUUUGACUGUGUGGCCACAGGUUGGGGCAAGGCGAACAUAAGUGGGGAUCUGUCCAAUGAGCUGCUUAAGACGCAAGUUCCGCUCCACCAGAAUCGUAGGUGCAAGGAUGCUUAUGGCAGCUUCGUCAACAUACAUGGCGGCCACCUCUGUGCUGGGCAGCUUAAUGGUCAGGGAGGCACUUGUGUCGGAGACUCAGGAGGUCCACUGCAGUGCCGCCUAUCUCGAGACGGUCCCUGGAUUCUUGCCGGCGUGACAUCCUUUGGUUCGGGCUGUGCCCUCGAGAACUUCCCCGAUGUCUAUCUGCGCAUCUCGUACUAUUUGAACUGGAUCGAAGACACGAUUGCCUCACAUUAG